AUGGUCCAUUCUACGCUAAACCGUAAGGGCGAUGACGCUAUAAUACCUGGGAAUUUGAUUACCAGACGAUCCAUCACCUUCAGUAUCCUGUUUUCCUUCUGUCAUUUCGGGUCUAUUGGCAUCCUAAACUACUAUCUCCCUGAGUGGUUUCAAGCCGUGGAAGGCGCAAGUCCGCUAGAAAGUGGCACGCGGGUUUUAGCUUCGGUGCUCGCGCAGAUCGUGGGAACACUGACUUCUAGUAUUCUAGGUAAGCUUAACACUCGGGUUUCACGUGCAAACUCAUGCCCGCUGCCGUCUCUCAAUAUAUUUUUCCAGUUUCUGGGUGCCACAGUCACACAGGUUAUCGGAAGCAUCGUGUUCCGUUCAAUUCUGAGCAAAUCCCUGGAUGAUCAUGGUCUGAAUGCUACACAGAGGGCGUUAUUAUCUGCCGCUGGAACUGCCGAUAUCCGUAAGACCGUCAAUGCGAACUUCCCAAAGCUGCUGAGUCCGGUUUUGGAUUCUUACAACAAAGCUAUUACCUCCACAUUUGUGAGUGGCCCCUCCAUGGGUGAGGAUGUAGAGGAAUUUUUACUGACGAGUGAACUUCGAUAG